UAGAGCUGAUAGGAUUAGACCUCUUGUGUAAAGAAGCUACCUUCUUGCAAGGACACCGUGCAGUCUCACCCCAUGUUGAACCUUUUUCCAUCAACUGAUCCUACGAUAUUUUGGGCGUUCGGUGUGUUCGUUAUUAGAAAGGAUAUAAGUGGAGGGAGCGUGGCCAUUUUUAAGCAACUGGGGAAGUGUCACAGGGACUGAGUUCUGAAUGUGCGCUGUGAACUAGAUCCGGUGGUUGUUUCAUCAAUCGUGUGGCGUACUGCUUCAAGUUGGUUGGACCUAACAGGGACUAUCCUGAGGCUCCGCGGUUCACCAUUGUGGAGGUUUGAUGCACACGGCGAAUCUCUGAGAAAGAACAGCUAUGGGAGUACCUAAUUCCAGGGAAUACAAUUACUAUCACACUCCAAAUACACCGUUUAAGAUUAUGCUCAAAAGACGCAAUGAGCCUCUCAAGAAGGAGCGCCCAAAAUGGAAGAGCGAAUACCCGAUGACGGAGGGCCAGCUGAGGAGUAAGCGGGAUGAGUUUUGGGACACGGCUCCAGCCUUUGAUGGACGUAAAGAGAUCUGGGACGCGCUCAGAGCAGCAGCCCUGGCCGCAGAGUGCAAUGACCUGGAGCUAGCACAGGCUAUAGUGGAUGGUGCCUGCAUCACUCUGCCACAUGGUUCCCUCACCGAGAGUUACGACGAGCUGGGCAACCGCUACCAGCUCCCCGCGUACACUUUAGCCCCACCUGUCAACCUCAUCACUGAAACAUCCAGUGACAGCAAAAUUUCUGAAUCCGCACCAAAGCAAGCUCAGCCACCGCCAUGCAGACAAGAGUUCCAGCUGCGGGUGCGGUUAUCAUCAGGGAAGGAUGUGCGUCUGACGGCCAGCAUGGCGGACUCCAUCGCCGAGCUGAAGAAACAACUGGAAGAGCAGGAGGAAAUUGAGGUGACGCGCCAGAGGUGGUUCUUUUCCGGCAAGCUGCUGACUGACAAGACUCGUCUGCAAGACACCAAGAUCCAGAAGGACUUUGUCGUCCAAGUGAUUGUCAAUACGAACCCCACAGUCAUAACCAACUGACGGGUGAGACAGUGAAGAAAAGACAAAGGACGUGCCAGAGAGGGCUGCAGGAACAAGAGUAGAGAAGUAGAGAAAUCCUUUUUGCAGUUGGUACUGCAGUGGAAUUUUGUGUACAUUUUUAUAUAUAAGAAAUUAUUGCUUUUAUAUUGCUCCUUUUUCUAUUUGUUCCUUUUUUUCCAAAUGAAGUAAGAAUACAGAAAAGCACUGAAAACACUUUAGAUUAAAAGUAGAGCCCUAAGAUACAUAUUCCACUGUCUCUGUGUUCCACUGUCUGUCUGUCUGUCUGUGAAGACAUCACCUCACAGCUCUAUUGUUUACAUUGGUCCGUCUCCUCGUCAUGUUUGUUUGUACUUUUGCUUGUUAAUAAAUGAAAUCCAUAUUUCCUUUCUCCUCCCUUCCUUUCUUUCUUUCUGUCUUUCCUUCUUUGAAAACUGUUUGAGUAGUAGAAACCAAAAUGUAAAUAUCACGCUCAAUAUGUGUUAUUUGGACAAAGGAACCUGUGUGCACACUGUGUGUUUUCAUCUCACUGCUGUAUAUUCACAUAAAAAAAAGAACAUAAUGAAGGCACCUUUCUAAAAGGUAACAAGGGAUAAUCUUUUUUGUUUUUUUUUAUUUAUUUAUGUUGUUUUUAUUUUUUUCAUCGCUCCAAACAAGACACUGUAGUUUUAUGUACAUUAUGAUGCUCACUGUACUUGAACAACUUAUAAAUAAAUAUUCUUAAUUUAAAAA